AUGGCCACAAAAUAUCAGAGAACAUCAACCGACGUUGACGGUUACACUCGUAUCAAACACGAAUUCAUUCCAAUGCGCGAUGGUGUCAAGUUAUGCGCCGAUCUUUUUCUUCCCUUUUCUUCCUCCAAAUAUGGCGAAAAAGUCCCAGUGCUUUGCAGUAUGGGACCAUACGGCAAGGAUAUCCAUGCCUCCACGUUUGGGCUACCCAAAACUCCCAUCUACGCCGAAAUGUACAAGAAAAUCAAGCCACUUGGACCAGAUGCAUGCUUUGAGCAAGCCGAACCACUCAUCUGGUGCAAAGAAUAUGGAUACGCCCUUCUCCGAGUCGAUACGCGCGGCAUUGGCGGUAGUGAAGGGAAACUGGAUCCUUUUGGCUUAGAAAGGUCGAACCAGAUCAAAGCCGACGCUGAAGGCCAGGAUCUCUAUGAUGUGGUUGAAUGGGCUGCUGCUCAAAGCUGGUCAUCUGGUAAAGUAGCAUUCACUGGCAUCAGCUACCUCGGCAUGGUAGGCUAUUGGGCAGCCAUGCAAAAGCCACCACAUCUGACUUGUGUCAUAUCGUAUGAAUCGGCCUGUAGCAUUUAUCAAGCCACUCGCCGUGGAGGCAUCUACAGCGAUAACUUCCAGUCUCAUUGGUACCACAACAUUGUCUUGCCCCAGCAAAGCGGAGCGCAAGAUGGGUCGCGCACUGCAAAGGAGCUCGAGGCCAACCGGGUAGAUUUUCCCCGCAUGCUGACGACGGACGAGUAUCCUGAUCAAGGUUGUUUUGAAUUCUUGGAGAAGGCUCGCGUGCUGUCUGAUAUUGAUGUGCCAUUUUAUAUUGCGGGUAACUGGACCGACCCAGAACUUCAUCUUCCGGGCAACAUUCGAGCUUUCAACGGGAUUUCUUCAGAGUACAAGUGGCUCGAGAUGCAUACUGGAAAUCACUUAGGUGCAUACUAUGAGCCAGAGCAUAUCGCAUUACAGAGAAAGUUUCUGGAUUACUUUCUUUUUGAUAAGCAGGAUAAUGGAAUGCUCGAAGUUCCCCGGAUUCGACUGCUUCAACACCACGGGACCAAGACUUUAUACCGUCAAGACGAGGCUGCUUUCCCAACCCCAGAUGCGCAAGAUACGUCUUUCUAUCUGACGACCCAGAAGAAACUCUCGUUGAGUUAUCCUGAAGGAGAAAAGCAACCAUUCUCUUACCGAGGCUAUCGGGAAAACCUAUCCUUUACACUUGAAUCAUCUUUUGAUGAGUCGUUCGAGAUACUCGGAUCUCCAUACCUCGAGCUUGAAGUUAUUACCAAGGCAGAGGAUUUAGAUCUUUUCAUCUACCUUCGGGCGAUCGAUGAGAAUGGCAACACUUUCAUAUUGGAGGGCAAUCACGGUGAGCCUAUGGAUAAUUUUGCCAGAGGCUACUUCCGUCUGUCUCAUCGCGACGAAGUUGCCAAAGACUUUGAUACACGAAAAGUCAUCACCCAGCCACCAACUCCCAAAUCUGAAGUCGUUCCGGGUCAGGUGUAUAGAGUCGUGGUACCUAUUUAUCCGGCAGCAUUUCUCUUUGACAAGGGCCAAACGCUUUCGCUUGAGAUUGGCUCGGUUGACACCCCGAGCACGAUCCCGCCUAUGCGUCAUGAAGGGGGUGAUAGGGUUGCGGAGAGGUUUGAAGGAGAGAAUGUCAUCUUUUCUCAUGGACGAUUGGUGUUGCCACGCGUCAGACGUUAG